UUAAAUACAAAUUAUAACUUCAAAGCGCAUAAAAACUAUCAAUGGAUCUGAGGAUUGAUUGUAAAGUAUUCUAUAGCAAUGUGUUCAAACAAGAUCUUUGGGAUUCGUCACCUUCAGGUGCUAUUAUUAUUCUUUGCUUUGGUUCUGGGAUUCGCCAUGAGAGUCAAUAUCAGUAUGGCCAUCGUCGCUAUGACAGACAAGAGAAGUGAAGACCCAUUUGAUUGGAGUAUGCAAACCCAAAGCGUGGUCUUCUCCUCUUUCUUCUGGGGGUACAUAGUUCUGCAGAUCCCUAGUGGUGAGUUAGCAGCCAGGUACGGAGGUAUGAUCCUCAUCACCUUGGCCAUCGCUGUGAACUCCGCCGUGUCAUUGGCUAUACCUUAUGGAGCAUAUCAUGGCGGCUGGCAAGGGUUGUGUCUUCUCCGUGGUAUUCAGGGUUUGUCUCAAGGUUGUCUGUUCCCAACUACACAUCAUCUCAUAGGUAAAUGGGUCCCUUUGGAAGAGAAAAGCCGGUUCGGUACCUUGAUAUAUGGAGGUACGUUGCUCGGUACUGGCAUACAGAUGGUAGCCUCGGGCUACAUUGCCGAGUAUUGGGGUUGGCCAGCCAUUUUUUAUAUAAAUGGUAUGCUAGCUGCCGUCUGGGUGAUGUUCUACAUUUUCCUCGGAGCAGAUUCUCCUCAGAAAUCAAAAAUAAUCAGCACAGAGGAGAGAAUGUAUAUACAGACGUCACUUGGACAGACCGACGGUCAAAAGAUAUUGAAAACUCCAUGGAAGAAGUUAGCCACCAGUGUGCCUUUUAUAUCUCUGACGGUGAUGCACAGCGGACAUAACUGGGGCUUCUGGACCCUCAUGACUGAGAUGCCUUCGUACAUGAAGCUAGUGCUUGGAGUCGAUAUUAAGGAAAGUGGCGCCAUGUCAGCUCUGCCAUACUUUGUGAUGUAUAUUUUAAGUUUCCCUUGUGGUUUCAUAUCGGACUAUGGUUUAAAGAAUAAUUGGUUUAGUAUCAACACUUGCAGAAAAGUGUCCAAUUCCAUUGGUGAGUACGGGCCAGCGCUAGCUUUGAUAGCACUGUGCCACGCUCCUGCUGGUGACGUCACUCAGGCGGUAGGUCUGCUCACCCUCGUCGUCGGCCUUAACGCGGGACAUUUGUCUGGAUUUAUGCUGGUCCACAUCGAUAUGGCUCCCAACUUUGCGGGAACCAUGAUGGGCAUCACCACCUUCUUUGCUAAUGUGGUUUCUAUCAUCGCACCUCUAGUGGCUGGAAUUAUACUUGAAGAUGAGUACGACUUCGACCAAUGGCGUCUGGUAUUUUAUGUGACGUCAGGUAUCUACAUGGUCACCAACACCAUCUUCAUCAUCUUCGGAACAAGUGCAAGGCAGCCUUGGAAUGAGGCUCCUGAUGCAGACGAUGCUGAAACUAGACCAAAUCCAGAAGUUGUGGAAAACAAAAGCGUCAACUGAAUGCAUCCUGUAUCCAGGCCUGGUCCAAUUUAAUUUCAAUCAGUGC